AUGGAGAGCAAAAAACAAAGUGCGGUGGCUAAGAAUAGUGCAGAAGCAGAAUAUAGGGCAAUGGCUCAAGGGAUUUACGAGAUACUUUGGCUAAAAAGGAUACUGGAAGAACUUUGUAAACCAGUAGAACUUCCCAUGAAACUAUCUGUUGAACUCGAAAAUAAUGGAACAGAAUUUGUUGAACUGGUUGCCUAUUGUGCCAAUAAAUGUCAAGCAAUAGGCCCAAAUUGUUGCAGUAGCAUUGGAGCCUAUCUAAAUAAAAUAGCAGAAGAUAAGGUUGAGACGUGUUUUCAUUUGAUUCUGAGGCUUUAUGCGACAGGGUUGCUCUUGAUUAAUUGCAAGUCAAAGUUCAAGUUUAAUGAUCUUUCAUCGUCUGGAGGUGUAGUAAGAACUUUAUGUGCAGGGGAUGUUAUGCAGAAUUUAUCUGCAUUAGUCUGUUCUUUACGAAGUCACUUUCACAUUGGGUGCAAACGAAACUGUGCAUCAUCCAGUGUUGGUCAUAAGGAUUUUGUUUGUCGAAAAUGUUUGCCAUGUAUUUCUCACAAUGACGCCUCUAUGGGCUGGACACAUAAGGAUGGAAAGGCUUAUAUUCUGUCUUACAUAGCUGCAUUGAAGUUCACAUGCCUGCCACUAGCUGAAUCAGUAAAUUCCGAAAAGAAACAAAUAAUCACAGAAAGUGAGGCUGUAGCUGUGUCUAGCAGACUAUCUGAUGUACAGGAGGCUUUUUAUCAGUUUUGUGAUGUUUUUUUGUUCUAUAAGAGGUUCAAAUCUUAUUAUGAAGGGGAGAAAGAUGGAUUUGAUGACAGCAUUUUAGGUAUAGCUGUAGCGCUGUUUAUUGUCUCCAUCAGAACAAAGCUUAAUAUGAAGAAGUGCAGGGAUAUACUUAACGAUGUCAUUUCCAGUGAAUGGAUUCAACCUUACGAGCUAAAACAUCUUUUUACCUCUCUAUACAAUAUUGGAGUAAUUCUCUAUAGGAAUAAGCAACUUGAAGAGGCAUUAGAGGCGUUGACGUUAUCAUGUAGAGCGUCAUGGACUUGUGUUCUACGUCUUUGCAAUAUGUUUUUGCACAAAGAAGAUGAGUCUAGUGAUGAUGUCUCAGAAGAUGCUAUUGUAAAUUUUGUUAAUGAGUCAUGCACAAGAAAUGCUUUUCUUUUGAAUGUUCUCCAUCAAUGUGACACUCAUAAGGUGAAAAGGAUAAUUGUCGAGAGCCUGGAAAAUUGGUCCGUUGCUGCAAAUCUGUUUGGCAAGCUGCCUGGUCCCAUAUCUUUGGUGAAGCAGUGGGUGAAGAUUGGAUGCACAAGUCAUAAGAAUGUGGAUGUUCAGGAUACUGUUUCAACCUUGUACAGUGUUUUGUCAUCUUCUGAAAAGGUGUCGAAGAGAACUGUCGGGAUAAUCUUAGAGCAGGAACUUCUUGCAUACGAAGAAGUGAAUGCUCUGCAUCCAGAGUUCUAUCAGAAAAUGCAAAUGCAAAUUAUAGGCUACCUCUUGGAAGAUGUGUAUGUAACACCAGAGAGUUGGUUACAGAGAUCAAGAAUUUUAGUGAGAAAGGGAAGGGCAUUGAGAUCAUAUGGGCACUGUUUAAAGGACUGUAUUCAAUGCUUGUCAGAUGCAAUAUCUUCACUUAAGGCUAUGUCUGGUGAUCCAUGUAGCUUUGGGAUUCAACCAUGUCAUCAAUUAGCUGUGGCAUAUUGCAUACGUGCGUUCUGCACUCAGGAAACUGAACCAAGUUCAAAGCAAGUCUUUCAAGAUAUCAGAAUGGCACUAAAGCUGUGGUUGAGAAUUACUACUCCAGAUUCUUUCGCUGCUGAAGAUGAGUGCUUUAAAGUGUUUGAAAAUAUGAUAAUUCUAAUGUAUAAUAUUAUUGAUUUGGUCUCCUUGAAGGGUUGCAUGGACUUUCACUAUGAUAUAUAUAGGAUUAUGUUUAGAUUGUUUCAAUGGAAGAAUGUCCCAUUAGAGAAGCUCUUGGCUGUACUGUGGGAAUGUAGGAGGCUUAGACAUGCCCUUUGCGCUUCACCUGUUAAUGAGGCAUUCUUGAUGAGCUUAGCAGACCACUGUGAUGGACAAUCUAUUGAUUUUUGGAUAAGUUGUUUGAAAGGAUCCCAACCGUUACUGGUUGGCUUGGAACACAAUUUCUCAUUUCUAUUUGCGAGCAUUCCCCGAGAUUCAUUCAAUUUUGGAAGCUGUUUUCGAACAGAUAUUACUGUGGAUGAAGUGAAAGAUGCAGCUUAUGAACUCAUCUCAAAUGAUCCUGCAUCCAGUUCUGCUUUUGUAGCUGGAUAUCUUUUUUCUGAUUUGAGUGAAAGACUCAUUUCAAAUGGACGUAUAACAGAGGCUCUUACUUAUGCUAAAGAAGCUCACCGGUUACGUAGCAAAAUGUUUGAGGAGAAAUUUAAGUUUUCUGUGGAACAACAGCCUGAAAAGUCCAACGAAACUAGGGAUGUUGUUCAGAAGUUAUCCUGCAGCCUUCAUGAUCUGCAAGUCCGUAGAUCAGUUGCUAAUGAAUUUUGGUCCUUUGAUACUAUUUCUUUGGACUUGGAAAGCUGUUAUCUUAGUCCAUGGAUUAUACUUCAAUGUUAUCUUGAAAGCACCCUUCAGGUUGGUAUCGCUUACGAACUAAUUGGUAAUGGAGCUGAGGCUGAAGGUUAUUAUCUGUGGGGAAAAAGUAUCGCCCAUUCACAAAACCUUCCACUAUUUAUGAUUUCUUUCUCUUCUGUUUUGGGUAAAUUGUACGGCAGGAAGCAACUAUGGGAUUUGGCAGAAAGAGAACUACAUAGUGCCAAACAGUACUUGGAGGCUUGUGAGACAGAAAUUUCUUGCUUAAAAUGCAGACUGAUGCUAGAGAUAACUGUUGAUCAGAAUCUUGGUGAUUUAUUCCAAAGCAUUGUUGAUAAUUCUAUUGGGAGAACAUCUAUAGAGAGUUCAUCUCGUGCUGAAGUUCUGUACAAAGUAGUUCUUGACAAGUUAAAUCAUUCUGAUUGGGAAACCUGUGCUCGUUUUACUGACGCAGCACGAGCUUGGAGCAUAGUGCUUGAAAAGAAUAAUGUAAAAGAUGUUGAUCAUGGUGCUAGCAAUGCUUUUGCUGGCACUAACGAAAAUCAGCAGGAUGUAAAGAAGCCCUCCAGGAAGGGCCCAAAAGAAAAUAAGGAAGUUAAAAAGUGUAGAAAGACUCGGAAUGCAUCAAAACCUCUAUUGACGGAUCAAGAUUCUAUUCCUAAUAACAAUUUGAGAACAACUCGAUCCAAGAGCCGAUGUUCUCAGAGCCGGAGCAUUUCCAGUGAUGUAGAAGUUGGCAAUGUAAAACAUGAUGGCAGUGGUGAGAAUGAAUGUUCUGGCAUUUUUAGUCAGAGAGAUAUGCUGUUGGAAAUAAAAAGUUGUGAGGUUGCUUUUGGGUAUGAGGACAGGUGCAUAUGCAACAAAAUGAGGUGUUGGCAUUGUCUUCAGAUUGAAGUUAUCAAGGAUCAACGGCUCAACAAGUUUAUAGAUAUGAAGUGGGAAUUUGUCCGCCGGAGGCUUUUGCUAAAUCUACUCAGAAGCUUAGGAAAUUGCUUGGUGAAUCGUGAUCAACAUCAUGAAGCACAUAAAACUUUUAUCCAGAGUUUGUUAAUCCUUGCCAAUCAGGAUUCAUUCCAUCUCACACCCUCAUACGUUUCCCUCAGUCUCUUGCUUGAUAUAGUCGGGAAGGAGAUCUCAGGAGAUAUUUUCAGUGUUGAGCGUGCAGAAAUACUGUACAGCAUAAGUUGGUUUUCUUUGAAAGGCUACCGUUCUAGGGACAACAGAGUUAGUUGCUGUGACUUGUAUCAUAUUCAACUACCACAACUUGUGACCUGGCUGAUGCAUGUUUUUGUAUUAUGCCGUGAAGUUCCUAUACUUUUUCAGAAGGUUUCUAGAUUACUUGCUGUUUUGUUCUUAGUUGCUGCCUCUGGUGAUCUUUGUUCUUUAUCGUCUUCUUGCAAAGCACUCUCUGAAAAUCAUUGGGCUUCAUUUUUUCACCAAGCUUCACUUGGUACUCAUCUUAAUUAUCAAUUCUCUACAAAUCAUAACCGUAUAUAUAAAGCUCAACAACUUGUGGAUGCUGAGGAUUCAUGUCAUACUGGAUCAACUUGCUUAGGAGCAGAGAUGAGGAACUUACUAAGGCUUGCACCUGAGUCUAUUCAAGAUCUUGAAGAAUUUGUAGAGAAUUUUUUUGUGGGCUUCCCUUGUACUACUGCAAUUUGUAUAAGUUUGCUUGGAGGUCCUUAUACUUAUUUAUUACAAAAGCUGCUAGAUGUUCAUUCGUAUGUUUGUGCGUGGAUGCUAGUGUCACGCUUGGACUCUGAAAGUCAACCCAUUGUUCUCCUUCUCCCUGUGGAUUCCAUAUCAGCAGAAGCUCCAGAUGAUGCUGCAAUGUCUGGUUUUUAUAGUUCAGAAACUAAAAAUCUGGUAAAGCAUUGGCAAUGUCCUUGGGGUUCAACUAUCGUGGAUGCUGUGGCUCCAGAAUUUAAACUGAUCUUGGAGGAAAAUUACCUCUCGUCUUCAAAUUUUCCUUUGGAAAAAACAAAGGAGAGUACGAAGUUAUGGUGGACAUUGAGAAAGAAACUUGAUUACCGCCUUGGUGAAUUCCUAAGGAACUUAGAAGAUUCAUGGUGGGGACCAUGGAAAUACAUACUUCUCGGAGAACGCUCUAACUGCAAGAGCUUGGACUCGGUAUAUAAGAAGUUGGCACGGUCUUUGAAAUCAAAAUGCAAAAUGAAUGUAAAUGAGAGUCUUCUUAAAGUUAUUCUUGGGACUCCAAACGAUGCCUUUGAAGAAGAGGAAUUUGUCUUACACCUAUGCUUAAGGAAAGGUUGCUAUAUUGGUAGGACUGAAUGUCGUGAGAAAGACAAGUGGUGUCCAUCACCUAAUGACACUAGUGGCAUCGAGAAACCGUCUGAUUUGGCCUUGCAACUAAUACGUGAAGCAAUAAAUGAGCUUGAAGGCGAGGACUGUAUGACCCGAGAACCAAUAAUGUUAGUACUGGACUUUGACGUACAGAUGCUUCCAUGGGAAAAUAUACCGAUACUAAGAAACCAAGAGGUUUAUCGAAUGCCUUCUGUCUGGAGCAUCUUGACAAGACUUGAUAGAAGCUACCACAAUCAAGGGCAAACUAGAACGUUCCCCUUUAUUGAUCCCUUAGAUGCUUUUUAUUUGUUGAAUCCCGGUGGUGAUCUCAGCAGCACACAAAUUGAAUUUGAGAACUGGUUUAGAGAUCAAAAUUUUCAGGGGAAGGCUGGACAAGCACCCACAGCUGAAGAAUUGGCAGCAGCAUUGAAAAGUCAUGAUCUCUUUUUGUAUUUCGGGCAUGGAAGUGGGACUCAAUAUAUAUCCAGGUAUGAAAUUCAAAAACUGGAAAACUGUGCUGCGACUGUCCUUAUGGGUUGCAGUAGUGGUUGUUUGACACUCAAUGGCUGUUAUGCUCCAAAUGGUGCUCCAUUAUCCUAUCUACUAGCUGGUUCUCCUGUGAUUGUUGCCAAUCUGUGGGAAGUCACGGAUAAGGAUAUUGAUCGAUUUGGGAAGGCCGUGCUCGACGCUUGGUUUAAAGAGAGACUCAGUUCGUCUACAGAUUGUGCCAAAUGCAGCUUAGUGGCAGAACUUGAAGCCAUGAGCUUAAAAGGCCGUAAAGGUAAUACCAAGAAGAAAGUACAAAGGAAGAAACUGCCCGACGCUUGUGAAAAGGAAUCGGUUGUUGAUUGUGAUCAUAGACCAAUGAUUGGAUCAUUCAUGAGUCAAGCUCGUGAAGCAUGUAUACUACCUUACUUAAUUGGAGCAUCGCCAGUGUGUUAUGGUGUUCCAACAGGUAUAAGGAGUAAAAAGGAUUUAUAGCAUCGUGUGGGAAUAAAACUUUCGCUUGUCUGGCUUAGGAAUGGUUUUCAUAUUUCUAGCCUCCCACCUUAGUUACCCAAAAUUAAAUUCCUAACCAAUAAGUGCCUGCAAAAAUCAUGCCGCUCCAGCUCCACUAACAUCUAGAACAUGUAAAUACCAUCUGACACCAUACCUGAGUUGUACUUUAGUAUUAGAUAUCAACAGAUUUGCUUGCCAUUCUUAACCUUUUUAAAUGUUGCAGAGCUUAUACCUCUCUUUUCGGCUCCCUUGAAAGCCCGUCUAAUUUCUUGCAUUUCUAUAUUAAGCUGUGGCCUCUUCUUUCAUACUUGUACUAAGGGUGGUUGUUGUAUUGUAAAUGAUAGAAUGCAUAAUUACUAAGCUUCUGUUUCCUUCACACCAUUUGUUUAAUUGUAACACUAACUGAUCUUCUAGAGAGAAAUGUGUACUG